GUUUCUCAGAGCAAAGAGGGGAAAAGGCUGAGGUUGGUAAGGUCCACACUCCUGAUGCUGGACUUCUUUCUGAUCAUUUAGCAAGAUCUGCACAGCAAGCACCCUACUUACCUCAGUGCCGAAAGAAAAAGCUGCUAAUUCCUGAGGUUGAGAAGAAGUGGAGGAAUUUGAAAGCUGAUUACGGAUUUAAAUGAGGAACAGUGACAAAACUAUGUUUUUUUAUGUGGUGCUUUUUUUCACGUUUUAAAGGACUUUUUGUGGGAUUUCGGAUGGAACUGUGUUUACAAAAUUAAAAGCAACAUUUUUAAAAUCAUUUCUAAAGAGCAUAAUUCAGCAGAAGGAUGGCCUUUGCAGACCUCCUGGAGCAGGUGGGCAGCACGGGUCGCUUCCAGAUCCUGCAUGUCACCCUCCUCUGCAUUCCUGUCCUGUUCAUGGCCAGUCACAAUCUGCUGCAAAACUUUGUGGCCAUGGUACCCCCUCAUUACUGCAGAGCACACUCCAACUUGUCUCAAUCCUCGCUGAGCCCAGCUGAGAUUCUGAUGAUCACAGUACCACUGAACGAGGCAGGGAAACCUCAGCAGUGCCAACGAUAUGUUGCUCCACAGUGGCACCUCCUGGAUAAAAAUGGGACUUCCUCUCCAGAGAAGGACUGUGAAGUAGUCCUGCAAGGAUGUGAGGAUGGAUGGUCCUAUAACAUGACAGAGAUGAGCUCCACUAUCAUAUCUGAAUGGCACUUAGUGUGUGACCUGCGUUCAUUAAAACAAAUGGGACAAACUGUUUAUAUGGGAGGAGUGCUUGUUGGGGCUCUUGUCUUUGGAGGCCUUUCAGACAGAUAUGGCCGUCGCAUCCUCCUGAUGAUCUCUAACCUGCUCAUGGCCGUCUCAGGAACAUGUGUUGCUUUCUCCCCCUCCUUCCCCCUCUACUGUCUUUUCCGGUUCGGCUGUGGCAUGGCUUUGUCCGGCCUGGGACUCAACACCUUCUCACUCAUUGUGGAGUGGAUCCCAACCCGCGUGCGAACCUUCACAGGGACAGCAACAGGGUACUGUUACACAUUGGGGCAAUUGAUCCUGGCGGCCAUUGCCUACUUCAUCACGGACUGGAGGUGGUUAACUCUGGCAGUGUCGUUACCCUUCUAUGUCUUCUUCCUUAUAUCAUGGUGGUUUCAUGAAUCCUCAAGAUGGUUAGCAAUAAACAAUAAGCAAGAACAGGCUGUCAAGACUCUUAAAAGUGUAGCCAGAUUUAAUGGACGACAUGAGGAAGGAGAAAAGAUUGAUGUAAAAAUGCUGCAGGAGUCUAUGAAAAAAGAAAUGUCAUGCUCCCAGGGGACCUACUCUUCCCUUGAUCUGUUCCGCACUCCCAAAAUGCGCAUAAUGACUCUCUGCCUCAGCGCUACUUGGUUAUCAACCAGCUUUGCUUACUAUGGCCUUGCUAUGGACCUCCAGAAAUUUGGGGUGAACAUUUACUUGAUACAAGUAAUCUUUGGAGCCGUAGACAUCCCUGCUAAAGUUGUCAUUACCGUGUGUAUGAGUUUUAUUGGACGGCGGCCAUCACAAAGUGGUGCCCUCAUCAUCGCUGGAAUCACCAUUCUGAUCAACAUACUGGUGCCAUAUGACAAACAGACUGUGCGCACAUGUUUGGCAGUACUGGGCAAAGGCUGUCUGGCUGCAUCCUUCAACUGCUGCUACCUUUAUUCUGGAGAACUUUACCCAACUAUCAUCCGUCAAAGUGGCAUGGGUUGGGUGUCCAUGAUGGCACGUGUGGGAGCUAUGGUGGCCCCAAUGGUUCAGCUCACAGGGGACUACAUACCUUGGCUACCAGGUUUAAUUUAUGGAGGAGCUCCGAUUCUCUCAGGAGUUGCUGCGAUUUUUCUCCCAGAAACUCUGGGCACACAGCUGCCUGACACAAUACAGGAUGUGGAGGACAGGGGUUCUGGAAAAAUCUCCAAGGGUCAAAUGUCAACAAAGGAAGCAAUCAUCUUGCAGGACACUAAGUUGGAUCUCCUAAAACAGGCUGCCUGAAUUCCUCUGCAUGCAAAUCUUAUACAAAAUGUGCUGAAACUUUAAUAAAAGAAAAGUUUGUACUGUUUGCUUUGUUCCCACCUGUACUGUAUUUUUUGAUUUUCACAGAUAUUUUUGUGUUAUUUUUAGCUUGGAAAAAAGAAGCAAUUUUAUCCUUAAAAAGGUCAACAAAAUAAUCUGUAGGCAGCAGAAAAUCAGACUUGCAGUUUAAAUGUUGGUAAAACAGUAGCUGGAUAAAUUCCAGGCUUGUUGUUAGCAAUCAUGUUUUAAAACCUGCAUUUCUCUUCAGAAUGAAUUAUUUAUUCCAAGUUUAAACAUGAUGACUGUACUUUCAUUGGUGCUUUUAUAAAUGUAUA